CUAGCUGUACUUGUCACCGUCAACUACGUGCCAAGUUUAACGUCUACAACAAAACUAAAGAAAUGUAUUUAGCAACGAAAACGGACAUAAACAACAGACUUAAAUACUUGCAACAGCAAAAACAGAGUGUGAAUUUUGAUUUAAGUGACAUUUCUGUUGACUACGCUCAAGGCUGCGAGGACGGAAAAUCUGAAGAAUUGCAACAACUUUUAAAUAGACAAGAAUGCAAUUUUAAUGCGAUUUAUCGUGCAAUGGCUAAAAUCGACAUCACUAGAGUUAGUGAAAAGUGGGAGCUGGAAGAUAAUUUGAACAUUUUAAAAUCGAAGUGGGAGUCCAUCGACAAACUGCACUGGGAAAUCGACUUUCAGCUGAAGGGGUCUAACGAUCAUUAUUACCAGGUGUACUCAGAUAUCGAAGAAAAAUAUGAUGACUUGCGAAAACAACUUCAAUCUAAAAUUUGGUCGAAUGCUCACUAUCAGCAGUCGGCACCGAAAAUGGAAAUACCUGAUUUUUAUGGAAACUACAGUAAGUGGAUAUCUUUUAAGGAUUUGUUUCUCGAAACGAUCCAUAACAACCCAACAAUUAAUAAAGCACAAAAAAUGAAACACCUGAAAACUAAAUUGAAGGGGGAAGCAGAAAGUCUGGUACAGCAUUUAUCCGUCUGUGCUGAAAACUACAAUUCCUGCUGGGAUAUUUUAGUGCAACGGUAUGAUAAUCGCCGCUUACAAUUUUCAUCGUUUUUCAACACAAUGAUGAGUCUCCCUGUUAUACAGCAACCUGACGCCAACAAUCUCAAGAAAAUGCAUGACGCCAUCAAGGAGUGCAUGAACGGCAUAGCUAACAUCGGGCUGGAUACGGCAACGUGGGAUCCAAUGAUCGUGCAUUUAAUGUUACCAAAAUUAGAUUCAACAACUUUAAAUGAUUAUAUGAACGAAAUCCGAGAUCACAGAGAAUUACAAAAUUUGCAAGAUUUUUUAUAUUUUUUGGAGUGCAAGUUUAUGGCAUAUGAAACUGCAAAGUCAACAAAAUCUGCGAAAAAUACCACUUCCGAAAAAACAUCUCAUUGGAAACCUGCUAACAACAAACAACCUGUAAAAAAAUUUACAUAUGAUUUUAAGAAAACUUAUAACUAUCACGCUACUUAUGGAAAAUGCCCGAAUUGUAAUGGAAAUCAUGUUUUAAUGCAAUGUGCUAAAUUUAUUAACAUGGAUAUUGCCCAGCGGAAUCACACCGUCGCGAAGUUGAAACUCUGCAAAAAUUGUCUUUAUAGCCACAAUAACGAAGAAUGUAAAUCGGCGAAAACAUGUAAGGAGUGUAACAUGAAACAUCAUACCAUGUUACACAACGUGAACUGGGUAAUUCCAGCGAAUGGCAAAAAUAACCUUGGACAACAAGCGUCCUCUUCUCAGCAACAAGCUUCGAAUCACUUAUCAUCGGAUAAAACUGAAAUUUUACUAACUACUACUCUACUCAAAAUAAAGGCCUAUGAUGGCACUUACGUUAAACUUAGGGCCCUCUUGGAUCAGGGCUCGCAAGUAAACUUAAUAACAGAAAAUGCUGCACAGAUAUUACGCCUGCCGAGGAAGAGGUUCGCCGCUACCAUCUCGGGGGUUGGUUCAGUAUCUGGUGAUUGCAGGGGUCAACUAAACUUAUCCUGUAAAUCAAUACACUCUGAAUACGACUUCGAAGUACAAGCACUUAUAAUGAAAAAACUUACAAAUAACUUACCGAAUGCUACUUUCGAAAAAUCGAACUGGCCUCAUCUGGAAAACUUACAGCUGGCUGAUCCUGACUUCAACAUUUCGCGCCCCAUCGACUUACUUUUGGGUGCCGAUGUUUACUCUAACAUUAUACUGGAUGGAGUUUUAAAAGGAAGCUGUCAAUCCCCUGUGGCACAACAGACACAUCUAGGAUGGAUCCUAUGUGGGAAAAUGAAAACUUUUAAUUGCCACGUGACCUUGGUGAAUUUUGACGAAUUAGCUAAAUACUGGGAAAGCGAAGAAAUACAUAAUUCGGAAGAUAUUUCCAAGGACGAUCAGUGUGAACAAUUUUAUUCGCGAACAGUACAACGAGCUGCCGACGGAAAAUAUGUUGUGAAGAUGCCACUCCGCCCUGACCUUGAAGAAAAAUUAGGUUCGUCGAGACCCAUCGCGGUCUCACAAUUUUUACAACUGGAAAAACGGCUCGCUAAAAAUAAAAAACUUUCAACUAUGUACAAAGAAUUUAUCAGAGAAUACGCGGACCUUGGCCAUAUGAAACUUUCGUCUCAUAUAACACCCGCCGACUGUUACUUACCACAUCACGGCGUUUUGAAAGAGAGCUCUACAACGACCAAAUUGAGAGUAGUCUUUAAUGCAUCUCAAAAAACAUCGAGUGGCCACAGUUUGAACAGCCUUUUAGAAAAAGGCCCAAAUCUUCAAAAAGAUAUUCAGUCGCUUAUUUUGAAGUGGAGAACAUACAAAUUUGCCUUCACUGCUGACAUCGAAAAAAUGUAUCGAUGUGUGUGGAUAAAUGAAGAUCAGCAACACCUGCAAAAAAUUGUCUGGCGGGAUUCACCAGAACAGCCUCUUCAAGAAUAUCAACUUUGUACAGUGACCUACGGUACCAAACCCGCUCCUUGGCUGGCCUUACGUACACUGAAACAACUCGCCAUGGAUGAUGGUCAUAAGUUCCCCGCUGCAGCUGCAGAGGUCCUGAAAAACCACUUCUUCGUAGAUGACCUUGGCGGGUGCUCGAAACUCAUCCAGGCGCUGACGGGUAUGUCCGAGUUACGACCAUCAAGACUCGAACAGGGGUAA